UCUAAUAUUAGUGGAUGACGAGGUCUAAUUUUUAUAUUCUGUUGAGCAUGCGUAGAAGUUAAUUUGAUCAUAAGUUUAUUGAGAGAUAGCCUAGCACAGAAAAUGCCUUUAUUUAGUAGUUCUUCUCCAUUUGAUCAAGAUGUUGAGAAGGCAACAUCUGAAAGCAACACCUCAGACAACUGGGGUGUUAUUAUGGAUAUUUGUGACAAAGUUUCUGCUACACCUAAUUGUUCAAAGGAUGCAAUGAGGUCAAUACUGAAGCGACUUCGACAUCCAGUUCCUCAUGUUGCGAUGCAGUCACUUACUGUUCUCGGAGCCCUUGUUAAUAACUGUGGUAAACAGUUUAAAAUAGAAGCUGCCUCCAGGGAAUUUUGUAGUGAAGCAAAAAAUAUUAUCAUGAAGGGUCAUCCAAAACUUGGGGAAAAACUGAAGUUGAUGAUAAAAGACUGGGCUGAAGAAUUUAAGAGUGAUCCCCAGCUGAGUUUAAUUCCGGCAUUAUAUCAAGAAUUAAAACAAGCAGGUCAUGAUUUUGCACCGGAUAAACAGCCUGCGAGGAGUGCACCAAUUUCUACCAAUCCAGAUGUAGUAUCUAGUCAGCAAGAAGAAGAUGAUAUUGCAAAGGCUAUUCAACUAUCCUUAGAAGGGAAGGGGUCAUCCGGCGUCGCCAGUAGCAGCCUGUAUCCUACCACUAACAUAGCAUCAGUAACGGCAACAACUCAGCCCAGAAGGGAGUCUCGUAAGGUCAAAGCUCUCUAUGACUUUGAAGCUGCUGAAGAUAACGAGUUGACCUUUAAAGCAGGAGAGUUCAUUAGUGUGCUAGAUGACAGUGAUGUGAAUUGGUGGAAAGGUGAAAAUUCCAGAGGACUUGGCCUUUUUCCUUCCAAUUUUGUUACAGCAGAUUUAACAGCAGAAACUGAAGCGGACAUCAAAGCUAGAGAGAAAAAAAGUGUUUCAUUUGAUGAAAAAGUUGAAGUACAUGCUAUUGAAGCAGCUCCAGUAGUUGUAGCGAUUGAUGAAAGUAAAAUGGAAGAAACUUUAACGAUGCUUCAAAAUGCAGAUCCAACAGAAGAACGGCCCGAUCCUCCUGAGAUGCUUGUGUCUGAAGAAACUUGUAACCGUAUGGCUCCGCUAAUAGAUCAAGAAUUAGAAAGAAUUGAUCGUGAACACGCUGAUUUGACAGGAUUGAACGAGAAACUAGUUAAAGCAUUUGAUUUAUACCAGAAGUUAAUGAGAGAGGCACCAGUGUAUGGGUAUGCAUUAAGGACAUCUGUUCCGGGAUCUUAUAAUGCUAUGCCAUCACAGUAUUCGUCUCUGCCUCUAUACAUGUCACAAGGUGCAAUGAUGUCUGGCAUGCCUGUUGGAAUGCCACCACCACAUAUGAUCACAUCUGCUCAAAGUGGUCAGGCCAUGACAUCAGGUCUGCCACAAGUUGGGCCAUUACCUCCCGCAAUGAAUGGUCAUGCUCAUGGUUUGAUCCCAGGUUUGGCACAAGUCCCUGGGAUGGAGCAUACAGGGCAGAUGCAAUAUACAUCAAGUCCAAUGCAGAGUGGAACAUUCACACAUCAGAGCACAAGCGGUCCUGGUAUGUCGGUGACUGGGGAGAUGAUGCCAGCAAAUCAAGGAGGUAGUACAAUAGCUCUUUCCAUGAUAUCUCAUUCAUCAAACCAGCCAUCAUCGUUACCGUCAGUGGCGCAAAUGGGAGCCGGCAGCAUGAACAUCACAUCAGGCCCCUCGUCGUUACCAACGAUGCAGACCACAGGGGACUUGACAGCAGCUUAUAGCAACCAGGGGGGCAUUGCAGCAUCUCAGAUGCCACCAUCAUAUCAAUCAAUUUCUCCACCCACCCAGCAGCCUGUGUACACCCAACCUCAGCAUGAGUUUUUACUUUAGCCUAAAGUACUAACAACAUUUUGGUGGAAAGCAGGUCCAUAUUUAUGAAUGAUCAAAUACCUAAUCAUGUUUUGUUUCUUGGAAAUCACACAAUUUAUCUAGGAAUGUGUUACUCAUUAGUUUUUUUUAAUGAUCAAUUUUCAUCAAAGAGUAUAAAUAGAAGAGCACAUACUCUUGUGUGUAGUAGAAAACAUCACUCCCUAGUGUAAGACAUCCACUGCCGUUUGUAUGUUCCUC